CAUAAUUUUCAGUCAUGGGGUCUACGGAAUCAUCAUCGAAAGAAGCAAGUACUCAGUCAACUUCGAAAGCACCAGUGCCAUCAAAUGAACCAGAAAAAAAGCUGAAACCCUGUUGUGCCUGUCCAGAAACCAGGAAAAUUCGGGAUGAAUGCAUUUUGGAAAAUGGAGAAGAAAAUUGCAAAGAAGCUAUAGAGGCACACAAGGCGUGUUUAAGGAGUUUAGGAUUUAAGAUAUAAGACUUAAGAGUGUGUUUUUUCUAGUUUGAAUGGAGUAGAUGGAACCUGUGGACAAAUGUGAAUCAGUUUGUGUAAAUGUAUAAGACUUUUUCCUUUACAUGUUUGAGAUUGAAAGUGACAUGUUAUUUAUUUUUUAACAUAUUUUCUGAUUAUGUAUUUGUUUGUCAUAUAGCCUGUGUUUUUUUCUAACAUCCUUACAAUAAAAUGAGUUGACAUAACUUGAAUAGUU